AUGAAUUCAUGUGGAUUGCCUUUCAAAACCGCUACUUCAUUGGCACAGAAGAUCCGCAUCGAGAUUACAGAAGGACCGGACUCUGUCAUUGAGCUCUUACAAACAAAUGGAUUCACUAAAACCCACAUUGCUAAUCUGAUAACAAAGUACCCACGACUGCUCUUCGCCAAUCCCGUCAAAACCCUUAAACCCAAGAUCGAGUUCUUUCAAUCUCUGGGCUUUUCAAGAUCUGAACUUGCGAAGUUCAUCUCCUCAGACAAAACCACCAUAAUCAUAAGCUUGCAAAAGCAAAUAAUCCCAACCGUAAAUUUCCUGAAAACCUUCAUCCACACCAACGAGAAACUCGUCAGUUCUCUCAAGCAAUCCAACCGGAUCGUUGGUUGUAGCAUUAAGAGAAUUUUGGAGCCUAACAUUGCAACCUUGCGAAGUUACGGUGUACCCGAUUCCAAUAUUUCGAUGACGAUCAUCCACCAACCCAAGCUACUGACACAGAGUGUUUCGCGGGUGAAGGAUGUUGCUGCAGUGGUGAACAAUAUGGGUUUUGAUCCCCACAGUCGUUCAUUCAUCGUAGCCAUUUUCUCUAUGUCGGCAAUGAGCAAACAGAGCUGGGAUAAUAAAAGGGAGACCUUAAAGAUCUUUGGUUGGUCUGAUGAAGAAUUUCUUUCGGCCUUUAAGGUACAGCCGCUUUUCAUUGUCACUUCAGAGAAGAAGCUUGGGAAACUGAUGGAUUUCUUUGUGAAGGACCUGCAUUUGAAGCCAUCAGAUAUUGCUAAAUGCCCAAACCUUUUCUUACUAAGUUUAGAAAGGAGAUUCAUUCCGAGGUGUUCAGUGUUGCAAGUUCUGAUGUCCAAGGGUCUUAUCAAGAAGGAUGUGAAUAUAGCUUCUGUGCUGAAUUCUAAUACAAAGUGUUUUGAGAAGAGGUUUGUCACUAGAUAUGAGGGGGAAGCCCCUGAGGUAAUCAAGGCAUACAAAGGAACCCGAGGACAGAUCAUUCGCAAUGGUGUAGUUGUCAAGUGUUUGGGAGCUUCUGGUGCUGAACAAAGGUCUUGGAUUGAGAUUUUGAUGAAACGUUGCGAUGCUAUGGCUGAUCUGAAAUUCAGUAUAUAUCCUGUUUGUCAUCGUUAUGAGGGAAACUGGCAUCUGUGGUUUGAAGUUUCAUCAUCAGCUGCUAUCUUGUAA